UUCAUCGCUCUUUCCUCCUCUCUCUCUCUCUCUCUCUCUCUCUCUCUCUCAUACAUCUGAAGAAACUGAGGAGCAGAGACCAGCGAGGACCCAACUGGGGGUCACUUGAUCCGGGUCGUUGAAAGUUCGAAACUUUAUUGGUAUCUGACGAGAGAAUCCGAAUUUGCUCCGAUUCGGUUGAUAUGACGCGGCGGUGCUCGCAUUGCAGCCACAACGGGCAUAACUCACGGACAUGCCCGAACCGCGGGGUCAAGCUCUUCGGGGUCAGACUCACUGACGGGUCGAUUCGAAAGAGUGCUAGCAUGGGCAAUCUCAGCCACUAUACCGGGUCAACCAAUUCGCUCGCUAAUGGAUCCAAUUCUCCUAGCGAGACCCCUGAUCACGGCUCCGCCGCCGAUGGAUAUACGUCUGAGGAUUUCGUUCCUGGGUCUUCAACGAGCCGUGAAAGAAAAAAAGGUGUUCCAUGGACUGAAGAUGAGCAUAGGAUGUUUCUACUUGGGCUGCAGAAGCUUGGGAAAGGCGAUUGGCGUGGAAUUGCACGCAAUUAUGUCAUGUCAAGGACACCUACUCAAGUGGCCAGCCAUGCUCAGAAAUAUUUCAUCAGGCAAACAAAUAUGUCUAGGAGGAAAAGACGUUCCAGCCUGUUUGAUAUUGUAGCAGAUUCAUCAGUCGACACUCCAAUGGCGUCUCAGGAAUUUUACUCAGUCGACCAUCCCCUGGCUGAAGGACAAAAUGAAAACCCUUUGCCUCCGGUUGCUGCUGCUCCUCCUCCCCAUCCUUUGGAUGACGAUUGUGAGUCGAUGCAUUCUACUAAUUCCAACGACAAUGAUGGGGAACCUACUAUUCCAAAACUAGAAGGCUCACAACCUGCUUAUCCAGUGAUAAAUCCUGCUUAUUUCUCCCCAUUCUUCCCAUAUUCAGUUCCAUAUUGGCCAGGUUUCAGUGCAGAGCCACCUAAGCAGGAGACACAUGAGGUGCUGAAGCCAACAGCCGUCCACUCAAAGAGCCCAAUUAAUGUUGAUGAGCUGAUUGGCAUGUCGAAACUUAGUCUAGGCGACUCUAUUGGUAGUGCUGGAUCCUCCUCUUUAUCACUAAAAUUGCAUGAAGGUUCCUCUAGGCAGUCGGCUUUCCAUGCUAAUCCAGCCUCAAAUACUUCGGGCAUGAAUUCGAGCGGCAGCCCAAUCCAUGCAGCUUGAAAGGCUGCUUCUGCUGGGAUUAAGAGUACAACUUAGGUCAGUGCUUGUAAGCUCUACAGGAUCUGUUUAUAUUAGAGACUAGCUUGUGCAGAGUCUUGGUUGAGUCAUAUGUUUGUUUGUGGAAUCAUCUUAAUAAGGUAGUCUUAUUUUAGGGUAAUUUAGUUUGUUUCAGUCAGCUUUUAGGGCUGUAUGAACUUAAUUAGAAAUUAUUUGAAUUCUUAACACUUUCAAUGUUAUGCUAACCCUUGUUUAAGGAAGGUGUUUGCGCUUUAUGUUCA